UUAUCUGGCAAAACCGAGUUGACACGCAGUCAGAAAACGUCGAACGACCAAUCGAGCAAACGCGAAUCCUUCGAGUGCAAACAAAAUUCCCCUUUCUCUUGUGAUUGCCGUGAUUUCUGUUCCAAUCUCGAUUAGAAUCACACAGUCCGGAGGGGACAAAGUGACCACCGCCACCGGGAAGAACGUUACGUUACGAUUCUUCUCCGUUGCCUACCGGAUUGAUUGGGUGGAUAGACGAGAAUGGCCGAAGUCGUGGAGGAAAUCGUCCAGCAGGUGCAGGAGAAUCUCACCGAAAGCGCCAACGCGGCACCAAUCAAUGGCACGGCCAAAGUGCCGUCCACACCGGAGGGAAUGGCCCUGGCCUACGGGACGCUGGUCGUGAUGGCCAUGCUGCCAAUCUUCUUCGGUUCCAUUCGUUCCGUUAAGCACCAUAAAGAACAGAAGUCUAACUUCCAGAAAACGGGGGAAAAACCUGACACGAUGACCUCGAAGGACGCGAUGAUGUUCCCGAUUAUGGCUUCCUGUGCCCUGUUUGGGCUGUACAUCUUCUUCAAGGUGUUCUCCAAGGACAACAUCAACUUCCUGCUGACCGGAUACUUCUUCUUCCUUGGCGUGAUGGCCCUAGCCCAUCUGCUCAGCCCGGUCAUUGGCUCUCUGAUUCCGUCUUCGAUUCCCAAGAUCCCGUACCACUUGUCGUUCAGUCAAGGGCCCACGGAAGGCGUCAAGGAUGAUAAAAAAUCCUAUCUGAUUGACUACAAGUUCACGACGCAUGACAUCGUUUGCUUCAUCAUUUCGCUGAUCAUCGGCGUUUGGUAUCUGCUGAAGAAGCAUUGGAUCGCCAACAACCUGCUCGGAUUGGCUUUCGCCGUAAAUGGAGUGGAACUGCUGCACCUGAACAACGUCGUGAUUGGAUGCAUUUUGCUAAGCGGUCUUUUCGUUUACGACAUCUUCUGGGUGUUUGGAACGAACGUUAUGGUCACCGUGGCAAAAUCCUUCGAAGCUCCCAUCAAACUGGUGUUCCCGCAGGAUCUCAUUACCAACGGACUGGCCGCUUCGAACUUUGCCGUCCUGGGCCUGGGCGACAUUGUCAUUCCCGGAAUCUUCAUCGCCCUGCUGUUGCGAUUCGACAAUAGCCUCAAGCGAAAGAGCAAUCUGUACUUCUACGCUACCUUCACGGCGUACUUCUUCGGACUGUUGGCCACCAUCUUCGUGAUGCACGUGUUCAAACACGCUCAGCCGGCGCUGCUCUAUCUGGUGCCGGCCUGCCUCGGAACGCCUCUGCUGUUGGCGCUGCUUAAGGGCGACAUCAAGAAACUGUUUGCUUAUGAAGACCAUCCGGAAGAGAAGCCAAAGGACACCAAAAAAUCAGACAAGGCUUCCGGCGAUGAAUCCACCAAGACGAAAAAGGAAACCAAGAAGAAGGAGUCGAAAAAAGUAAAAUAAGCUGCAUUCUCAGUUUAAGAAACAAACAAUAUGCGCGUGACCAUUCGAGUGUUUGUGUGUGUGUAAAACUGCAACAGAAAAUCGCUGUCUAUCCAGCUCAAAGAGUACCUAACAACACGCAUAACAAGAGGAGACACUUUUUAACGUAACCAUCGCUAUAGUUCCAAUGACCCUUUAAUCCUUGGAAUCCAUUUUGGGAACCUAACAGAUACGAUCUAUUCACGCUUGGACAAAAAUCACCAUCAUUGUGUAUCGCUCAAUAAGAAGAUUAUUAAAUCUGUCAGAAUUGCGAGACAACCAAGUCUUCUUGUUAUGUAUCCAUAACCGUCAUAAAACUGAAAUCCAUACAACAGAUCGCUUAAAUUGUAGCUUAAAUGCAUUCCGCUAUUAUCAACACUGCUCAGUCUCAGUAUUCCAUUAAAAAGAUCACAAAUCAAGCUAAACUGCAAUGAUUAUGACAAUUACUCUUUUCAGACCAAGAAUCAAAAGGCUCAAACAAGUCUGAUAACGAAGCGAUGAAAUCAAAACCAAGAUUCACUACCUAAAAUGAAUCACACAAAUCACAGACUUACAACUACAACAGCUAAAACAGUGAGGGUCGAAAUCCUUCUAAUGAAAAGCGGAAAAAAUACAAACCCAGAAGAUGAAACUGCCGUUUCGUCAGCACAACUUUCAGCUUGCUGGUUCGUUUAGAAAACUUGUUAUCUCUUUAUUUUGUCAGGCAAAAACAUAGUUCAAAAUGACUUACUAAUGAUAGAUGGAAAAAACAGUACUAUUGCUAAGCAUGCUUGUUUUGCUUAUGGAGUUUUUGUUUUAAGUUUUAUCGACUGAAUUUGUACUAGUACGGUGAGAGCGACUUUGUCGCUUUGGAUGAAAAAAAAUGAAGAUAAAAGAAGAUAGUUACUAUACAGCCGGGCGAUUUAGCAAAAUAUUGUGGAAACAACUAUUGCUUGGGUCGAAUGAUGGCCCGAAAUAAAUGAUAAUAAGUAAUGGAGUAUUUAUAAAAUUCAAUUUCAAAACCAUCGGCAGAUACAGUUAAUUGUCAGAAACAUGUAAAACAGCUAGGGAAGAUUAAGACAAACAUUGAAUAAAAAGUCCUAUACCUUGAUACAAUA